AUGUUGAGAGCACGUGCUGCCAGCAAACAAUUCGUCCGUUUUGCCCACAAGGACCUCAAGUUCGGCGUCGAGGGCCGUGCUGCCCUUCUUAAAGGUGUCAACCUUUUGGCCGACGCUGUUUCCGUCACUUUGGGUCCAAAGGGUAGAAAUGUGCUCAUCGAGCAACAAUUCGGAAGCCCCAAAAUCACCAAGGACGGUGUUACUGUUGCUCGUUCGAUCACCUUGCAGGACAAGUUCGAGGACAUGGGUGCCAAGUUGUUGCAAGAAGUUGCCUCCAAAACCAACGAAAGUGCUGGAGAUGGUACCACCAGUGCCACUGUUUUGGGACGUAGUAUUUUCACCGAGAGUGUUAAAAAUGUAGCUGCCGGCUGUAACCCUAUGGACUUGAGAAGAGGUACUCAGGCUGCUGUGGAAGCCGUGGUCAACUACUUGCAAGAAAACAAGAAGGAGAUCACCACCUCUGCUGAAAUCGCCCAGGUUGCCACUAUCUCCGCUAACGGCGAUGCUCACAUCGGUAACUUGUUGGCCUCUGCCAUGGAGAAGGUCGGAAAGGAGGGUGUGAUCACCGUCAAGGAGGGUAAGACCUUGGAGGACGAACUUGAGGUCACCGAGGGUAUGAAGUUCGACCGUGGUUUCAUUUCCCCAUACUUCAUCACCGACACCAAGAGUGGUAAGGUUGAAUUCAACAACCCAUUGAUCUUGUUGCUGGAGAAGAAGCUCUCUUCCAUGCAAGACAUCUUGCCAUCCUUGGAGUUGUCCAACCAACACCGUAGACCACUUUUGAUCUUGGCCGAGGAUAUCGAGGGUGAGGCUCUUGCUGCUUGUAUCUUGAACAAGUUGCGUGGCCAGGUCCAGGUCUGUGCCGUCAAGGCUCCAGGCUUCGGUGACAACCGUAAGAACACUUUGGGCGACAUUGCCAUUCUCUCCGGCGGUACUGUUUUCACCGAGGAGUUGGACUUGAAGCCUGAGAACGUCACCAUCGAGCAAUUGGGUGGUGCCGGCUCCAUCACCAUCACCAAGGAGGACACUGUCAUCCUUAACGGUUCCGGUGAGAAGUCCAACAUCCAAGACCGUUGUGUCCAGAUCAGACAAUCCGUCGAGGACAUCAAGACUACCGAGUACGAGCGCGAGAAGUUGCAAGAGCGUUUGGCCAAGUUGUCUGGUGGUGUUGCCGUCGUCAAGGUCGGUGGUGCUUCCGAGGUUGAGGUUGGCGAGAAGAAGGACCGUUACGACGAUGCGCUUAACGCUACCAGAGCCGCUGUCCAGGAAGGUAUCUUGCCAGGUGGAGGUACCGCUCUCAUCAAGGCCACCCGUGUUUUGGACGCCGUCAGAGACAACGCUCCUAACUUCGACCAGAAGUUGGGUGUUGACAUCAUCAAGGCUGCCAUCACCAAGCCAGCUCGCAGAAUCAUCGAGAACGCUGGUGAGGAAGGUGCUGUCAUUGUUGGUAAGGUCUACGACAACGCCGAGUUCAACUACGGUUACGACUCUGCCAACGGCCAAUUCACCGACAUGAUCUCCGCUGGUAUCAUCGACCCAUUCAAGGUCGUCAAGAACGGUCUCAUGGACGCUGCUGGUGUUGCUUCCUUGUUGGCUACUACCGAGUGUGCCAUUGUUGACGCACCAGAGCCAAAGGCUGCUCCAGCUGCUCCAGCUGGCGGCAUGGGCGGCAUGGGCGGCAUGCCAGGCAUGGGUUUCUAA